AGAAAAUGUUCAUUUUAGUUUCUGGGGUAUAUUGCAGUGGCAAAUUGAAUUGGGUCGAAUAAAUGUCUUAAUUGGUGCGCCACAUUGCAGGGCCGAGAGGAAGGAAUCUCCGCGAUCGAAUGUCCGCUACCGCAGCCUCGCGCCGCCGCAGCCGCUGUAUGCCGCUGUCGCUUCCGCAAAUGUAGGUGUGCCGCAGUGGUUGCCGAUAUUGUCUUGCGGUUUGUCGCUCCACGAACGGUUCGCGAUUCGUUGGAUUGUUUUGUGUCGCCGAUUUGUUGUGAGCAACGAAGCUUCUGACUCCGCGAGAAUGUCAGUCGAAGAAGACCGAAGUCAUUCGGUGACAGCGACCGGUGUCUUGAUCAACGACCGAAACCUCCGACCAAAACUUUCGAUGUACUGGUAGAAGAGGCGAACCUGUUGACAAACAUUCCUUUGUUAUGUUGUGACGACAGUGGACAGUGUUGAGUGUCACUAGGCAGUGACGUUCUGUGCAGGCAAGCAGCAAUGGCGGUUUCCUACAGCGACCGUAAGUUUUUCUUCACCGCUGUGCAGCACUUGGCUCGAUCUCUUGCCUGCAUGAGGCCGACGCCCCCCGACAAGCUUGAUAAUUUGCUGCGUCUGUGCCCUCAAGAAUCGUCGCCGCAGGGAACAUUUCGAAUUGACCAACGUGGACAGGAAGCUGUCAUUGCUACGGGUAUCUACUUUCUCGAAUCGGGCUUCCAGUACAAGGACAAGAUCGUACCUUAUUUUCUCAAACUGCUUCGCGGACUUAGCAAAGCUGUAUGGUUGGAUGAAAUUAAGCUGAACGAUCAAGAACGCAUCCCCGUCUCUGAGCGCUUUGCGUUUUGCCUGGGAACUCUGCUGAGUGACAUCGCCUACCUUUGCGAAGACCUGCGCGAAGAGAUAAUCACAGCGCAGAUUGACUUCUUGGCGGUGCUUGUGAACAUCUGCAAGAGUUUUGCAGACGCGCAGACGCCGCGUGGUAGCACUGGAAAAGUAACCCUAUGCCGUGCCAUUGUACCCCUGCUCAUCGGAACAGCACGGGCGCUUGGCAGGGCAAAGGCUUCGUCGCCGCCUCUCUUCUGUGAGAUCUUCCCGCAGCCAGCGAAGGUGGUGCCUUCGACCGAAGAUGCGCCACGGCCUCGAAGUAACAGCAAUACAGGGAACACGCUGCCAAAGCGGCGUACGUUCAACAACUUCAGGCCGAUUAUUCCACGGUCAUUGUCCGAAUUAAGCCAACUCACACACAAGAACAAGUCCUGUCACGAAUAUGACGAUGACGAAUUUUCUAGAAGAUCGUCGCUUCAAAGUCAGUCUGUAAGUUACGAUCCCACAACAUAUUUUUUUACCAAGCAUGGAUCCAGCUACUCACAAAUGCAUGGAACACCAAGGAUUCAGAACCCACUCAUGCUUUCCAUAAGCAAGCUGCAAACUAUUCUCGGGCUUGCGAAAAAGAUCCUUGCAAAAGAUCUUCUGCAAUUUUUGGAUAACCAAGCAGUAGAAGUGUACAACACAGGGCAGUUGAGACUGUUUCCAUACAAGUCUUUCAAUGAGGUGCUGAACUUGGUGAUGCUGAUGUUGCUCCAAGAGCUGUUGUGCCACCAGACGGGUCAUCCAGCACCCUUUACUAAAGAUGUCCAAGAGUUUGUAAAAGUGCUUUUUCUGAAUGGACAGACAGAACUGCAGAGCAAAAAUCAUGACGCCUGUGAAAAAGAAGACAGAGAAUCUAACUAUGCAACUGCCAACCGAUUCAAAUUGAAUGUGCAAGCUAAUGCAGCCUGUGUUGAUUUGUUGGUGUGGGCUACUACUGAUGAGAAUGGAGCUGAGACCUUGUGCGGAUUUUUGUAUGAUAAAAUUAACUCGCCAUGCAAUGUCAAGCUGGCUUUAGGCCAUAUGCCCUUGUUGCUCGUUUGUCUGGAAGGAUUUGGCAAGCUAGCCGAGAAGUUCCCCAACAUUGCUCAAACGAGCAUAUCAACACUACGGGACUUCUUGGUCAACUCGUCUCCCAUUCUGACAAAGCUCCACUACCAGAACAGCAACUCUGCCUCAAGAACUGGAGGAGCAGGAGCAGCUGGCAUUGGUAUUGCAGAGUCUUCACAGGCAAGCCACAAGUCAGGAACACUGACUGCUUCUAUGGCAGCGUAUGAGAAGCUUUGUGACACAGCUAUUGAAAACUUAUGCAGGGCACUGCGGGUGGGUCUGCAACAAGAUCCCGAGUGUGUUCAGGCCUUUCUGGCAUCAGUGUCUAUCCGGCUGUAUCAAGCAGAGAACAAAGACCUUGAGCCUAGUCUUGUAGCCACAAACACGAUACUGGCUCUCGGUCAUGUUGCAGUAGCACUAAAGGAUACCCCAAAAACGACAAAGUCUAUUCUUCAGUUCUUCCAGCAAAAGUUCUGCCAGCCUGCAUCUCCCCUCGACUCGUUCAUCAUCGAUCAGCUGGGCUGCAUGGUGAUUGCAAAGGUUGACCACACUGUUUAUGAGGAAAUCAUGAAGAUGUUUACCAUGAUCACUGUGGAGUCCAGCUCAGCGUACAACGUGGGCAGCGUUGAGGACAGAAAGCAAGGCUACCGUCAUGUCUCCUUAGCAGUGAUAAAUGCUUUAGCCAAUGUAGCGGCCAGCCUGCAAGGUGAAGAGGAUCAGCUGGAACUUUUGGGGACUUUGCUUGAACUGUUUGUACAGUUGGGGUUGGAGGGCCGCAGGGCCAGUGAGAAACAGGCAGCGCUUAAGGCUUCCAGCAGUGCUGGAAACCUAGGAGUCCUAAUUCCAGUGAUCGCAGUGCUCAUUCGGCGCCUUCCCCCAGUCAUUGAUCCCAAGCCUAGGCUUCAUAAAUUAUUUUGGGACUUCUGGCUCUACUCUGUAGUCAUGGGAUUUACAUCAGAGUCAGGUUUAUGGCCGCGAGAAUGGUAUGAUGGUGUUCGUGAGAUUGCUGCAAAGUCCCCACUUUUAGUCUCCAAGGAGCACUUGCGUUCAGUACUGCAAUACAACUCAGCCAUUCGAAAUGAUACAGUCUCGCUUGGUGAACUGCAAGAGUUGAAGAACCAGAUCUUGAAGCAACUCAAGACUGAGCACUCACAGGAUGUAAGUGCUGUCGUGAACAAGCUGAAUUUUUCUCAGUGCACCUACUUGCUGUCUGUGCUAAGGCUGGAAACUCUGCGAGUGCAAAACAUGCAUGGGGAAAACAGCUUCCACAACAUGGUGAAAUAUAUGGAGUUCUCAACAAUACAGAAAGAUAAAGCAGGAAUGUGGCAGUGCAUCAUGGCUGUGGCUGACAAAGUUUUUAUGGUUCUGUUAGAUGUAAUGUCUAAUAAGCCCAGGAAGAAAGAGAGGGAUGAAGAACUGGAGAAACAUGCAACAUUUUUGCUCUUAAAGUUCAAUCAUCCACAAAAGCAAAUCAGACGUGUUGCCGACAAGUACCUUUCUGCACUUGUAGAUACAUUUCCUCAUCUGCUUUGGAGUGGAAAGGUACUGUGGACAAUGCUCAACAUUCUCCAUGUUCUGGCCAAAUCACUUGAACUAGAUUCAAAUGAACUGAUUUCAGAACUGCCAGUUCCUGGUACUUCAUAUGUCCUGACCCUGACAGACACCAUGGAAGCGAGGGAAAGCAUUGUCCAAGACUUUGCUGCACGAUGCCAAGGCAUUGUUCAAGAAGCCGUCAAGUGGGCCCCAAUCAUAACAAGAUCACACCUGGAAGAAUACUUGGCGUGUUACUCGUACACUGCAGAUGGUCUCACACAACACAGUGGAGUUGCAUUGGCUAUUGAGAGCGUCUUGCAGUUUGCUGGAUUAAACAACUACUCUGCACCAUUGCCAUCAUCGACCUUAGACAAAUGGCCCAGCUGUGUGAAGAACAACUGCUCGGAAUUUGUUUGCUCAAUGGGCUUGCGAUGCAGAUUUGCAGGCGAGAUCACAGGACUCCUGAUGGAUGCAGAAGAUGCCGAAGUGAUGCACAAAGAACUCUCUGCACGGCUCCUGUCUCAGUUGAAGCAGAGCUGGGAAAAGAAGGACGAGCGCAUGCACAAAGAAUGCAUCUUCCGCGUAUGUGCACUUCUCAUUCACUGUUCUGGUACUGACAGAGCUUUGCUUCAUGCGCUCUGUUGGUCUCCUGUGGAACUUUUCACAGAGGAGGCAGUGAGAGGCACAGUGUCAUGUUGGCAGUGGCUUCUUGCUGCCAGGCCUGACCUAGAGCUUCAGUUUCUCCAAGAAAUGUCUGCUGCUUGGCACAUGACAGUUGACAAAAAGAUAGGCCUGUUUUCAGAAGACCCGCCUCAGACAGAUCCAUCUGCUGCUCAUGAGGGAAUGGUACUAGAACCAAAGCCACCAUUUGUGCAGCCUCACACUAUCUGGGUACGCUUCCUUGCAGAGCGCAUUGAAACAGCCAAGUACAGCAGCCUUGAUCAAGUUGAAAUUUUCGCUCAUAUUUUACACCGGUCUUUCUCCGUAAACAUAGGUCAAGACAAGAACCACUGCUGCCGACAUGUUGCUGCAGUUGGUACUCAGUUCCGUUUGUUGACUGCUGGCCUGUCCUUGCUUCAAGGCGAUGUCUUGCCCCAUGGGAUUGGGAAGAGUGUGCUCCGUGAACGGAUCUAUUCAGCAGCCCUUGAUUACUUUUGUGGUCCUCAGAUGUGCCCAACACAGCAGGGUGCUGACCUACGUGAUGACAUCAAUGUUCUUGUAAAGUUCUGGUUGGCAGUUCAUGCUGACAAGAAGUACCUGAAAGCUACUACGAUCUCCGAUAUUUGGGAAACGAGCACACAGAGCAACCUUUCUGUGAUUAUGAAUCCAGAUCUCCGCGGAAGCACCGAAGUGCUCCAGUCACGAUCAACUCCAACUGGGUGGAUCAACACAGUACCCCUCAGCAGUAACAUGUCAACAAUAUCCCGGAGGUCUUCAGCUGGAAGAGGCUCGGCUAUAAAAGACGCAUCUACAGAAGUCUUCGUGCGGGACUACCUAAAGAAGCGAAACCUUAUUCUUGGUUUACUGGCUGUGGAAAUAGAGUUUCUCAUCACUUGGUACAACCCACUCUCCACUUGGGAGCGCAGUGUCACUGGAGAGGAUGCCAUUGCCACUUGGCGAAGCCAGCCUGUCAUUGAUAGAAGCAUGAAGGAUGUAGCUAGGCUGUCCUGGGAGACCUCUCCAUGCCUGGCUAUUUAUGUCCCUUGCCGGUUCAAGACUUCAGACACUAUUCGUGCAGAAGUCUCCCGCCUUGUGCAGCGAAACCCAACUGCAGUUUGUCAUCUUCCUGAGGCAUUGCAGUACCUUACAACACCUGAGAAUGUACUUGGUGACCAUCUGGACCUAAAUCACAUGCUGACAUGGGCACGUGUCUCACCUAUCAAGGCUCUUGCGUACUUCUCAAGGCAAUUCCCUCCACAUCCAAUUACCGCCCAGUAUGCAGUCCGUGUACUGUCAUCCUUUCCUCCAGACACAGUGCUGUUUUACAUACCUCAAAUAAUGCAAGCAGUCCGCUAUGAUGCGAUGGGGUAUGUCACAGAAUUUAUCAAAACUGCUGCCAGCAAAUCUCAGCUCCUUGCACACCAAAUGAUCUGGAACAUGAAGACGAACAUGUAUCUAGAUGAAGAAGGAAUGCAGCAGGAUCCAGACUUGUAUGAGCACUUCGACCACAUUAUGCGCCAUAUUGUUAACUUCCUGUCGGGGCCUGCAAAGCAGUUCUAUGAAAGAGAAUUUGACUUCUUCCAGAAAAUCACAGCUAUUUCAGGGGAGAUCAGAGUGUUUCCCAAAGGCGCAGAACGCAAGAAAGCAUGCCUCACUGAACUCUCCAAGAUCGUUGUUCAGCCUGGUUGCUACUUACCAUCAAAUCCAGAGGCCGUUGUCAUAGACAUUGACUACAAGUCUGGCACCCCAAUGCAGAGUGCAGCAAAAGCUCCAUUCCUUGCGCGCUUCAAAGUCUGUAGGUGUGGAAUCAAAGAGCUAGAGUCUAGGGCAAUGAGUGUCGCGCAAACAGGCAGGCCACAACUGAGCACCGGCAAUGAGUACUGGCAAGCCGCAAUCUUCAAGGUUGGUGAUGAUGUACGCCAAGAUAUGUUGGCUCUGCAGGUUAUCAGCCUAUUCAAAAAUGUGUUCAAUCAAGUUGGAUUAGACCUGUACCUGUUUCCAUACAGAGUUGUAGCCACAGCGCCUGGUUGUGGUGUGAUUGAAUGCGUUCCAAAUGCAAAGUCUCGUGACCAGCUUGGUCGACAAACGGAUAUUGGCAUGUACGAGUAUUUCAUCAAGAAGUACGGUGACGAAUCAACAACAGCAUUCAGAGAAGCCCGUCGGAACUUCAUCAAAAGUAUGGCAGCCUACAGCGUUGUCGGGUUUCUUCUUCAGAUCAAAGAUCGUCACAAUGGCAACAUCAUGCUGGAUACAGAUGGACACAUUAUUCACAUUGACUUUGGCUUCAUGUUUGAGAGCUCGCCAGGAGGAAACCUUGGCUUUGAGCCAGAUAUCAAGCUUACCGAUGAAAUGGUCAUGAUCAUGGGUGGGAAGAUGGAGGCAGCUCCAUUCCGUUGGUUCAUGGAACUUUGCGUGCGGGCUUACCUGGCAGUGCGACCAUAUCGUGAGGACAUUGUCACAUUAGUCUCUCUAAUGCUUGACACUGGUCUGCCCUGUUUUAGAGGCCAAACAAUCAAGCUUUUAAGGUCAAGGUUUGCACCACUUGCUGCUGAGAAGGAAGCAGCAGCAUACAUGCAAAAAAUUAUCAGGGAUUCAUUCCUGAACUUCAGGACACGCACUUACGACAUGAUCCAGUACUAUCAAAACCAGAUUCCAUACUAAGAGGCAGCAUUUGCUUUUGUACUCAAAGGGGUGACUAGUGCAGAAGCAUCACCAUUUUUCGUGCCUGGUGGUAACAUCAGGAGUUAUUAUAUAAUAUCUUCACCAGGCACUUUGAUGGCAGCACUUACUGACUUAGGUUUGUGCACAUUGUGGUGUUUAGGGGUCUUGCUUGUAUCCUUGGUCACUUUUUCUUGUUUCUUGAUAUUUUCUGAUGUAUUUCGAGCUUUGUUGUCAUUGCAGCAGGACCAACAAUAUGAACACUUUUUUGUUUUAUUCUGGGAGUAUUUGUUGACAUGUAGAUGGCAUGACUGCCGACCAAUGUUGUUUGCUUUUGGGGUACACUUCUGACUCCUCCCUGUAAGGUGUAUGUGUUCUGCAUUUGUGAACUGCAGCUCAUAGAUAUCUGUUUAGUGACUGAACAAAAUGCAGACAAAUUGAGUCACAUGGCACCUGGCCCUUCAACACAGACUCUGACAAUUAUUUAUCCAUAUAAUUAGGAUUCUAAACAGUGAACUACAUUGUGCUGUAAUCCACUACAGGAAUUUCGUGUUAAUGCCAACUCAUAGGUAUUGAAGUUCCUUGUAUGCAAUAUUGCUGAUAUAUGUAAAAUGCAUUUCGUCAUUGUUUGAUGUAACAAAUGGUGCAUGUUUGCUAGGGAUCUAGUUCUUGCAGCCAUUAUGGAGUUCUGCAUCAUGCACCUGACGGCUAUAGCUUAAUUGAGAUAUGCAGAUGUUUUAAUGUAAGGUACUCUAGCACAUUAUAUGUAUGAACAAGUGUAUGCAUUUGUAACAUUAACAGCCUGUGUUGUUAUGGAGAGCUGUGAUAAUUUGUUUUGGGCUUGUAGCAGGCAGUACUUGCUUGCAACUCAGAAAUUCUUUUCUUUGCGUUGUUAUGCAGGUCAUGUUAAUAUAUAGAUCUAUGUUAAUAAAGAUUUUACUUAGCACAGUGGAA